AUGGCUACAUCAGUACCAGCUGAAAGAUUCUUUUCGGAAGCUGGAACUGUAAUGACUGAAAAACGUAAUAGGCUAAAACCUGAUUAUUUAAAUAAGCUUCUGUUUUUAGCAGGACGAUCUGAAAAAGAGUGGCAACUACAAAAUGUUUGGAUUGAGGGCUUUGAUGACUGGAAACAUAUUGCAGAAGCCAUACAAAGGCACGAGAUAUCGAAAAUUCAUCUUCAUUCUUGCAUUGCAUAUCAGCAGUGGCUGUUACAUGGAAAACUCGAUGAAGGGCAUGAAUCUGCGAUCAAAAAAGAAAAAUCUUUUUGGCGUCAAGUACUUUCGAGGCUUCUUGAUGUUACCUUGACUCUUUCAACCUGUAAUUUAGCUUUUCGUGUCCAUAGAGAAAAUGUAGAUUCAAGCUCUAAGGGAAACUUUUUGAGUAUUAUUGAAUUAUUAGCAAAAUAUGACCCUAUACUACAUGAACUAGUAAGUAAGCCAAAGGGCCAAGUAAAGUAUUUAAGUCCAAUAAUACAAAAUGAGCUGAUAUAUGUCCUGACUUUAAAACUACAGGAUGCAGCCAUAAAUGAAAUAAAUGCCGCACCAUUCUAUUCUAUUAUAUUCGAUACGACUCAAGACAUAUCAAAAACUGAUCAAUUGUGUAAACUAUACCGUUACUGUAUGAUCGAAAAAGACGAAAAUGGGAUCUCAAAAGCACUCGUAAUUAAGGAGACAUUUUUAAGAUUUCAUAAACUUAAGGAUCAAACUGCCUUAGGAAUGUCGAAGAAAAUUAUUAAAUCUAUUACUGAUAAAAAUAUCCAUUUAAAUAAGUAUCGAUGGCAAGGAUAUGAUGGUGCUAAUACAAUGAAAGGGACUUAUGACGGAGUUCAAAAAUUAAUAAAAGAUGUCGAGCCAAAUGCUGUAUAUGUGCACUGUGCUGCUCAUAACUUGAAUCUAGUACUCAAUAAUGCAGUGAGAGAGAUUAUUAAUAUCAUUAAAAGAUGGAACAUUUUAUCAAGUUUAAUAUCCAAUAGCGAAAGUGAAACAGCAGUAACACUAAAAAUAUUGAACCCUACUAGAUGGGCAGGACGUUAUGAUGCCGUUUUUGCUUUAAAAGUUCGUUUUGUUGAAGUACAAAAAGCACUAGCAAAAACAAUCUUAUUCAAUUGUAAACCAGAUGAAAGAAAUGAAGCUGUUUCACUUGAAAAGAAAAUCGAAAACUUUAAUUUUGAAAUGCUACUGGUUUUCCACUGUAAGAUCCUACAAAUCAUCGAUGCAGCAUCUAAAGCACUUCAAUCUAAAGAUGCCGAUCUUUCAAAUGCUUUAAAACGAUUGAAAACUUGCUUGGAACAGUGGAAAAAGUAUCGACAUGACUUUGAAAAUCUGAAACUAGAAGCAAAUAGCGUAGCAGAAAAAUGGUCCAUCACUCCUGAGUUUUCUAAAACUCGUCAGAAGAAGGUAAAACGCCAUUUUGACGACCUUUGCGAAGAUGAGCGUCUUCAAGAUCCGGAAAGUUUGUUCAAAGUGAACAUAUUUUAUCGAGUUUUGGACAUCAUCAUUAACCAACUCAAAUCGCGUUUUUAUCCAAUGAAUGAACUUAUUUCAAAUUUCAGUAUUUUACAGCCUUCAACAUUAAAAGCAUUAAAUGAUACUGAAAUAAUGAAAAAAGCUUUAGAAUUUGUUAAGGUGUAUAAAAAGGAUAUAUCUGAAUCUUUUGCCAAAGAAAUUCUUAGUUUUCGAUCAACAUUCAGAGACGAAAUAGAAAAAUCUUCCUGUAUUAAAGACUUAGCCAAUUUAUUAUUAAUUAAAAACCAUUUUAUGUCCUGCAGCUUUCACGAGAUGUGCACUGCAUUAUUAUUAUUUCUUACAAUACCUGUGACUACAGCUAGUGCUGAACGAUCAUUUUUAAAAUUGAAAUUAAUAAAAAAAACUAUUUGA